AUGAUUUCGAAGAAAAUCUUCGCUCUUCUUCUGUUUGAAUUUGUGGUUUUGAAUUGCUACACUGAGUUUAGAUCUGUCGCUCAACUUUUGCCUGAAGAAGAAGUACGAGCUCUUGAAACGAUAUCCUCAAAGCUACAGAAUAGAUAUUGGAAUGUAAGCCGAAGUUCUUGCAGCUCGGGUGGUUUGAAUGGGACCAUUGCCGGCGGUUUUAUUAGCAAUGUUACUUGCGAUUGCACAUUUAGCGACAAUUCUGUUUGCCAUGUUACAAGAAUCCUGCUAAAGGAAUUUAAUUUGACCGGAGUUCUGCCAGAAGAAUUCUCAAAUCUUAGUUAUCUGCUAGAAUUAGAUCUUAGCCGCAACUAUAUUAGUGGAUCAAUACCCGCGACUUUUGGUCGGCUUAAUCUCACCACUCUGAAACCGCAUCAGCGGUUCGAUUCCCCGGAAAUAGGUGAUAUUGCUACACUUGAGGAGCUGAUUUUGGAAGACAAUCAGCUUGGAGGAACUCUUCAUCAAAACCUGGGAAGUUUGAGACGCUUGAGAAGACUGUAA